AUGUCUGAUCUUCCAACUUCAGCCAUUCGCGGUGAGAGUACUGUUCUUGUCACCGGUGCAAAUGGAUAUCUUGCGUCACAUAUCGUCGAUAAGUUCCUCCAACACGGCUUGAAGGUCCGCGGUACUGUCCGGGACCUAGAAAAGUCUUCAUGGUUGGUGGACUUACUUGAGAAGAGGUAUGGCAGUGAUAGAUUCGAGCUUACACUUGUUCCCGACAUUACUCGCGAGGGUGCUUUUGAAGAAGCAGUCAAGGGUAGAAAACCCACACUCCUGUGCAGUUCCUUGCUGAAAAUGACUAUAGGCGUUAGCGCAGUGGUGCACGUUGCGACAAUCAUGACCUUUGACCCGAAUCCGGACAAUGUCAUUCCUGGCGCUGUCGCCGCCGCAAUAGGCGCAAUGGAACCUGCUGCUAAGGAACCAACUGUCAAGCGAUUCAUAUUCACCUCGUCAUCUGCAGCGGUUGUCUCUCCUUUUGCUGGAAACGACGCGGUCCUAGAUGAGCACACAUGGAACGAAAGAGCAGUUGAAGAGGCCUACAAGCCCCCGACGAACGAUCCCUACAGAGCAUGGUAUGCCUAUGCUGCCAGUAAGACGCGAGCUGAGCAGGCGGUGUGGAAGUGGUGCAGUGAGAAUCACCCGAGCUUCAUUACGAAUGCCGUUCUGCCAAACGGGAUCUUUGGACGGGUUCUUGAUCCUGUAAAUCAGGGUUACCGCUCGAGUGCUCAUUGGAUUCCUGACCUUUUCGAGGGAAAAAUCGAACACAUGAGACUCUUCCCCCCACAAUGGUUCGUUGACGUGGAAGACGUUGCUCUCUUACAUGUUGCUGCGGCCAUUUUGCCGCAUGUGAAGAAUGAGCGAAUCUUCGCUUUUGCUGAACCUUUCACCUUCAACAAGAUCCUAUCUGUUUUGAGGAAACUCUACCCGACAAGAUCAUUCAUCGACGACUUUUCGGAAGGAGAAGAUUUGACAACUAUAAAGCCAAGAGCUAGAGCCCAAUCGAUGCUGAGAGAGCUCGGACAAGCAGAGUGGACUAGCCUCGAGCGCAGCGUUGAGAAGAAUUUAGAAGUGUAUAUACCUUAUUCUGAGGCUUCCCUCUAG